GAUCGUGGACCAAUAUUUAAGCUGGGCUUAAUGGAUGUUUACGUUCGACCGUUGCUAAAAAUGCAGUCAGAUUUGCAGCCGUUGAGUGAUCUGAUUCCAACAGAAGGCCGCACGGGCGGUAACGCGGACACACGAGGAUUGAAGAUACCCGGAAAGCCGAAGCAACAGAAAGGUUGGGAUGUGGAGUGGGAGAUUGAGGACGAUGUGGCGUUGUUGCGUGGCAUUUAUCGAUAUGGACUGGGCAGUUGGGAGGCAAUCAAAAUGGAUCCUGAUUAUGGACUGAUUGAUAAGAUAUCUGAUCAUAGACAACGUGCGAUUUCAGUUUAUCAGCGGAUGACAACUAUUGUUUGA